GACGAUCUCGAUCAUAUCAUGCACCUUAAACUGGAUCGAGAUAGCUAUAUAAACACAUGCAUGCAUGAUAUACUAUCCGGGGGUGUGUGGCAAGAGUCAAGAGAUAGCUAGCUAGCUUGGACCUUCACUUUGCAUGGGCAUGGGCAUGGCUGAUGGAUGCAGCAACAAGCAGAACGUUAGGCUCGAAAUGGCAGCAGCACCUUCGUCGUCAAGCAGAGGCAGAAGCAUGGCAGGGCGGCGGUGGCGCUCGUCCAUGGCGUCGGGCCUCCGCGCCGCCCUCGCGUGCACCAUCGUGGGCGUGGUGUCCGUCUACGCGCCGCCGGCCCUCCUCCGGCACAUCACCUUCCCGGCCUUCUCGUACGUCGUCACUGUCAUCAUCAUCACCGACGACGCCACCGUGGGCGCCGCGCUGCGCGCCGUGGCCAGCGCGGCGCACGCCACCGCCAUGGGCGCCGUGCCGUCCGUGCUGGCUCUCUGGCUGGCGCAGCGCAUGGGGGAGUCGUCGUCGACAACAUCGUCGGUGCUGGGCACGUCAGCGCUGGUGGCGCUGAGCGCUUUCGCAGUGGCGGUGCCGGAGUCCCCCGGCCCGGUGGCGAAGCGGAUCGCGCUGGGGCAGAUCAUCAUCAUCUACGUGGCCAAGUUCAGGCAGCUGCCGACGACCAAUAAUGGUUUGGGGGUGGUGGUGCAGCACCCGGCGAACGUGGUGGCGUGCACGGCGCUGGGGGCGGCGGCGGCGCUGCUGGCCGUGCUGCUCCCGUGGCCGCGGCUGGCGACGAGAGAGGUGGAGGAGAAGAGCGUGGCUUACAUGGAGAACGCCGCCGAGAGGGUCAGGCUGCUCGUCGACGCCUUCCUCCUCCGAGCCACUGUUACUGCUGAGGAAGAGGAAGACGAAGAAGAAGAAGAAGUUACUAGUGGACGGCGGAGGCGGCGAUGGUGCGUGGCGGCGUGCAUGUCGGAGGCUCACCGCCUGGCGUCAGCAAGCGCCGCCCUCCUCCGACGCAUAACCUCCGUUAAGGGCGAUUUGCAGUGGGAGCGAGUAGUGAGAUUGGGAGCUGCAGGAACAAUGCCAGCAGCAGACGAGCAGGAACGCAUCGAGAUGCCCAUCAAAGGAAUGGAGAUUGCAGUCAGCAGCACCAAUUACCUGCCUAGACCUGCAGCUGAUCAAGCUGAGAUGACCAUCAUCAAUCUCAGCUGCUUGGAACAGAUGAGGGACCAAAUACGCCUCUCAUUGCUCACUGCUACUAGUACUAGCCAUCACAUUACUAAGAUGAACAACAACAACAAGAGAUCAACGACCAUGUCCUUGUUUGGUGGUGCUGCAGCAGAGAGGCACGAGCUGGAGCUGUCUCCUUUCCUCUUCCUCUUCUCCAUGCACCUCCUCCGACAUCCCACCCUGCUGCUCUCUCAUUCUCUUCCCGACAGCACCAACAAGGUCACCCCGGCAUGCCCCCAACUGGAAGAACCAGAUCAGGACGACCAACAAGAAGACCAACAAGACAGUGAACCAGAAGAAGAAAGUAAAAUGAGCACGGACAAGGAGCAGAAGAAGAAAUGCCGCACCUUGUUGGUAAGAAGAUGGGGAUUGCAGAGCAGCAGGUUGAAGAUGGCGUCCAAGUGCGCCGUGUCGCUGGGGCUGGCCGUGCUGCUCGGCCUCCUCUUCAACAACGACCACGGCUUCUGGUCGGGCCUCAUCGUCGCCACCACCAUGGCGCCCGCCGCCCGCGGCUCCACCUGGGCCGUCGCCGUCGCCCGCGCCCACGGCACCGCCAUCGGCUCCGUUUACGGCGUGCUGGCCUGCCUCCUCUCCCAGCAGCGCCACCUCAUGGAGCUCCGCUUCCUUGCGCUCCUCCCGUGGAUCGUCCUCGCCACCUUCCUCAAGCGCAGCCGCGCCUACGGCCCUGCUGGCGGUGUCGCAGCAGCGCUGUCGGGGAUCAUCAUCGUGGGGCGGCGCUACGACGAGCCGCCCAUGGCCUUCACCAUCUCCCGCCUCGUCGAGACCUUCAUCGGCCUCUCCUGCACCGUCGCCACCGACCUCGCGUUCCAGCCCAAGGCCAUGCCGUCUGCCAGGGCCCGGACGCAGCUCCCCCGCUGCUUCGCCGCCCUAAGGGACUGUCUCGCCAGACUGCCAUCUUUGAGGAAGAACCAGCAGGAGCAGCACAAGAUGUUGCUGGAGCAGGUGGCGCUGCUAGGCAAGUACGCGGCGGAGGCUGGGGCCGAGCCCAAUUUCCUGUGGAUGGCGCCGUUCCCGGCGAGCUGCUACGCCAAGGUGCACGGCAGCCUGAGCAGGAUGGCACAGCUGCUAGGACUCUACCUGCACGCACAAGCCAUCAUCGUCGACAACACCUCCUAUGGCAGCCAGCUGCUAGCAGGCACGGACGUGAAGCGCUUUCACAACCGCCUCUCCGCAUCCCUGCCAGAAUUGGAAUUGGACGAGGAGGACACCGACUUCGACCUCGAGGACGGCAAUGGAAAGUGGUGUGAGGACAUGGCUGUGGUGGUCAAGUCCUUCAUCGGACAUGCAAGGGAGGCACUGUUACAAGAGGAAGAAGAAGAAGAAGAGCAGCAUCAGCAAUUAAAUGCUUAUUGCUUGGGUUCUAUUGGGUUCUGCAUGGGGGAGAUGAUGAAGGAGGCACAGCAACUGGAGGCUCUCAUGCUGGACCUCAGCCUCCAAUUGCAGCCUACCAACUAGAGUCACUGCCAUAUACAACUAUCUUCAUGCAUUCCAUUGUUCAAACAAAGAAAGAUUAAGAUAAAUCUAACACUUGAGAAAUGAUCUUACAUGAUCAAUUGCACCUUA